AUGGUGAAGCUCCUCGCCGACAUCCUCCACCACACCGCGCCGUCCACCUGGCCGUCCGCCCUCGCCGCGCCGCUGCUCCGCCAACGCCUCGCCCCCGCGCACGUCUCUUCCCUCCUCGUCCACCCGGCCUCUCUCCGCCGGCCUGACCUUUCCCGCCGGUUUCUCCUCCUGUUGCCUUCCCACCUCGUCUCCCCGGUCUCCCUCUCCCUGCUCGCCCUCUCCUUCCUCUCCUCGUCCCCUUCGUCCCCGGCAUCCUCCCCGCACGCCGCCUCCCUGCUCCUCUCCCUCGUGUCAUCCACCCCGUCCGCGUCCUCCUCAUUUUCGUCUCUCUCACACGCUAAUGCACUCGCCACCUUCCGACCUGGCGCCGCCACCGCCGCCAUCACGCUUCUUGCCUCCUCGUACCUCCAGCUCCGCCGCGCCCGCGACGCUGCCGACGUCCUCCACCUAUCCCUCUCGUCUGGCAUUGCGAUGAAGCAGUACACCGCUUCGCAGAUACUAUUUGCUCUCAUUAAGAUCCGGCAGUUUGCUCUUGCCCGCGGCCUGUUCGAUGAAAUGCUUCAAUGCAAAUUUCCCUUGGACGAGUAUGUUUACACGGCCGGAAUUCGGGCCUACUGUGAGAUAAGGAAUUUGGAUAGCGCAAGGGGACUGCUGGCGAGGAUGGAAAGCAAGGGUGUCAAGAGCAGUGCUGUGCCAUACAAUGUGUUGAUGUAUGGUCUCUGCAGAAACAAUCGUGUUCUUGAGGCAGUGGAGGUGAAGAACAGCAUGGUGGGGAGAGGAAUUGUCGCUGAUGAAGUUACAUACCGGACUCUAGUUUAUGGGUUUUGUCGGACUGAGGAACUUGAAAUGGCAUUGAAAAUGACUGAUGAUAUGCUUAGUCUGCACUUUGUGCCAUCAGAGGCCAGUUGCUCGUUUAUGCUUGAUGGGUUACGAAAGAGAGGGCACAUCGACAAGGCAUUCAGGUUAGCUUGUCACUUGGGUGAGUUGGGCAUGGUACCAAACCUUUUUGCGUGUAAUGCAUUGAUUGAUGAACUUUGCAAGAACGGAAGAUUUCGGGAGGCAGAAAGGCUCUUCAGAGGGAUGACAAACAGGGGUCUAGAGCCAAAUGAGGUGACCUAUGCUAUACUAAUACAUUCCUUGUGUAAGAGGGGAAUGAUGGAUGACGCACUUUGCAUGUUUGAUAGGAUGAGGGAGAAGGGAAUCAGUGUGACAGUUUAUCCAUACAACUCUUUAAUUAAUGCUUACUGCCAACAUGACGAUUUUCACCAGGCAAGAGGUCUUCUGAAUGAGAUGGUUGAGAAGGGAUUGACACCAAGUGCAGCAUCAUAUUCCCCCCUUAUAGCUGGUUUAUGUCGGAAAAGGGAUCUGGCCAGUGCAAUGGAGCUCCACAGGGAGAUGGCUAGGAAUGAUGUUUCAGGGAAUGUAUAUACGUUUACAGCGCUUAUCAGUGGUUUCUGCAAGGAUGGAAAUAUGGAUGAAGCAGCUAGGUUGUUUGAUAAGAUGAUAGACAGUUCUGUAGUACCAAAUGAAGUGACUUUUAAUGUUAUGAUUGAAGGGUAUUGCCAUGUAGGCAAUGUUAGGAAGGCAUUCCAGUUAUAUGAUCAGAUGGUAGAUAGGGGCCUAACACCUGACAAUUACACUUACAGGUCACUGAUAAGUGUACUUUGUUUGACGCUAGGUGCCAUGAAAGCUAAGGAAUUUAUUGAUGAUCUAGAAAACAACUGUGCUGUGCUAAAUAAUUUUAGCCUUACAGCACUUAUGCAUGGAUUCUGCAAAGAAGGAAGGUUAACUGAAACGUACCAUGUUUGGGAUGAGAUGAGAGCAAGGGGAGUCAAGAUUGAUCUUAUCAGUUUUACUGUAAUUGUAUAUGCAGCUCUGAAACUGCAUGACAGAGAGAAAAUAAGUGUGUUACUUAGGGAAAUGAAAGAAAAAGGUGUGAAGCCAGACAAUGUGUUCCAUACAUGCAUGAUUGAUGUGCACUCAAAGGAAGAAAAUAUAGUUCAAGCUUUAAACUGCUGGGAUAAGAUGAUAGCUGACGGAUGCUCUCCAAAUGUUGUCACAUAUACGGUUUUAAUUAAUCAUCUAUGCAAGUCUGGGUAUUUGAGUAGCGCAGAGAUUCUUUGUAAAGAAAUGUUAGCUGGGCGCUUCCUUCCUAAUAGCUUUACUUAUAAUUGCUUUCUUGAUUAUCUGGCAAAUGAAGGAGAGCUGGAAAAGGCCAAAGUUCUACACACAGCCAUGCUUGAAAGCUGUUUAGCUAACACAGUGACAUUUAACACAUUGAUCAAAGGGUUCUGUAAGGCUGGGCAGAUCCAAGGGGCAAUUGACCUUAUGCAGAAGAAUGCUGAGAGUGGUUUCUUUCCUGAUUGCAUCAGCUAUUGUACAAUAAUAAAUGAGCUCUGUAAGGUCGGUGACACCAAUAAAGCAUUUGAGCUUUGGAAUGAAAUGUUAUACAAGGGACUGAAACCUGAUAUUGUGGCAUACAACAUUUUGAUUCGCUGGUGCAAUAUUCAUGGCGAAUUUGGUAAGGGCUUAGGAAUUUACAGUUAUAUGGUCAAUUUGAAGUAUGAAGAUGAUACACCGGUUAAUCACAAAGGGUCAGGAAGAAAAGUGAUCGAAAAACUGCAUCAAAUUUAUGCUGCUGAACUUGCAAAUAAAGAUUUUGCAUAUGGUGACUGGAUUACGCUGUUCAUAGAAUGUGACAUCUUGCUCCAUGCAACACUGAAACGCCAAUCUCCGCGCAUUUUUACUGUCACUUGUACAGCUGCUGAACUUCCAGGUUCUCAGUGUACCUGUUUCUUCACUGGAAAACAACUUGUCUUGCGACUGAAAACAUGCAACAACACAGGAAUUCUGCUCGAAGGUAACUGCUGGAAGUUCAGAUAA